AUGAGUUCAAGACAUAGAAGUCGAUCCAGAUCUCGAGAUCGGGAACGGCAUAAAGAAAGAGAGAAGGGUAGGGAACGGGAUCGUGAAAAAGACAGGGAUCGGGAUCGCGACCGUGAUAGAGACCGCGACCGACAUCGCGAUCGUGAUCGAGACAGGGAUCGUGAUCGCGACCGUGACCGCGACAGGCAUCGUACUAAAAGGAGAAGUAAGGAGCGCGAUAGAAGUCGGAGCCGGGAAAGGCACAGAGAAAAGAAACGAAGCAGGAGUCGCUCUCGAAGUCGCAGUCGGGGCAAAAAAUCUAAAGAUAGAGAUGGCACUAUUGCUUUACUGGACCAGAUGGUUGGCACCACAACCAAAGCAAUGUCUCGGCAAGUCACCACUAGCAGUAACGUAAACCCAGCCACUCAGGCUGCUAUUUUGGCGGCUGCAGCUGUUGCACAGACGUUUGUGGCGCAGCGGCGAAUGGCGGCACCGGUGCAGCCGGCGGCGGCGGCGGCUGCAGCCCUAUCUGCUGCUACUGCCAUUCCACCACCCACCUCGGUGCAGCAAAAGCUAGAUCAGCUUCAGGCAAGAACAGAAUCCCGGUACAGAGACAAGCUGCCCCUGGAUCAUCACCCUGAUGAUGACAAGGAUGAUGGCCUUGAUGACUUGGACAUAGGCCCUGAGGGCGAAACGGCAGCAGAAAGGCGGGCGAGACGGCGGCGCACCCGUUGGAUGGGUUCCGAGCACGACAAGACCUUUAUCCCAGGGUUGCCAACUGUAUUACCCUCAACACUCACGAAGGAACAGGAGGAGCAAUAUCUACUUCAGCUGCAGAUCGAGGAGGUGUCACGCAAGCUGCGCUCAGGAGACCUCGGCAUCCCGCACAACGUCGAAGAGAGGUCUCCGUCGCCUGAGCCGAUCUACUCGACGGAUGGCAAACGGCUGAACACAAGAGAGUACCGCACUCGACGCAAGUUGGAGGAGGAGAGGCAUAGAUUGGUCACUCGCAUGAAUCAAAUCAACCCUGAGUUCAAGCCGCCUCCAGAUUAUAAACCGCCCAUAAUUCGCGUGCACGACAAAGUGAUGAUCCCUCAAGAAGAGCACCCUGACAUUAACUUUGUCGGAUUACUUAUUGGUCCGAGAGGAAAUACACUAAAAGCGAUGGAGAAGGAGACGGGCGCGAAGAUAAUCAUCCGGGGAAAGGGCUCCGUGAAGGAAGGCAAAGUGGGACGAAAGGACGGGCAGCCGCUUCCCGGGGAAGACGAGCCCUUACACGCGUACAUCACGGCGACCGCCGCCGACGCGGUCAAACGCGCCGUCGACAAGAUAAAAGAAGUUAUUCGCCAGGGAGUCGAAGUCCCAGAGGGGCAAAACGAUUUGCGACGCAUGCAACUACGCGAACUGGCCCAGCUCAACGGCACACUACGCGAGAGUGACGGUCCCCGCUGCGCCAACUGCUCCGCCGUGGACCACAAAACCUGGCUCUGUCCGGACAAGCCCAACGUGACGGGCGCGAUCGUGUGCUCGUCGUGUGGCGGCGCCGGCCAUAUUGCCCGAGAUUGUCGCGCUAAGCGGCCAGGCCAAGCGCCGCCGCCUGCGGCUCGGGCCAAGAUCGACGAGGAGUACCUCUCGCUGAUGGCCGAGUUGGGCGAGGCACCGCCGCCGCCUCAUAUGGGCGGGGGACGUCGACCGAACGCUCAACACGCUCAGCCCACGCUCUUCCCGCAGUCGCCUUCUCAUCCGCCUCGAGCGAUUAUGCCACCACCGCCAGGCAUGUUCCCACCGCAUCCGCCGCCGCCGCAUCACGCGCCUUGGCUCGGUGCAGGUAGUCAGCCGCCUCCUCCGGGAAGUGCGCCACCGCCACCUGCCUUCCCGCCGCCACCGCAUCACGGACAGGGUGAUGGAUCAGGUCCUGGUGCUAUGCCGCCACCGCCACCCGGUAUGGUAGGAGGUCCCACCUGGCGUGGUGGGUUUCCACCCCCGCCCUGGGCCGCUCCACCGCCCCCAUUUUUGGCCCCUCCACCUCCACCGCCGCCCAUCUCGUCCUCAUAG